AUGCAUGCGCUCAAGGGAUCACCAAUUGACACCUUGAUCUGGUCCUGUCUUUUGGAAGAGCGGUCGGGUGCAACAUCAUACAACUAUGAUGCCGCUGGUGCUGCUUACACACUCAAAUGGACCUUCCAUAAUGAGCUUGGCCUUGUAUUUGUUGCUGUAUAUCAGCGGAUCCUCCAUCUGUUGUAUGUGGACGAUCUGCUUGCAAUGGUGAAGCGUGAGCUUUUGGAGAUGCAUGAUCCGAAAUGGACAACCUAUACUGAUUUCGAUGAAACUUUUAGGCCACUGAAAAAGGAAGUUGAAGCUCGUGCAGAAGAUUUGAAGAGAUUAAAAAAAUGGGAGCUCCGAUGCUCUGGGGCUUUUGAUGUAAAUAAGCUUCAAAAGCUUAGAGCUAAAGGUGGGAAGAAAGCCGAAACCCUUGUUAGCAAGGGCUCUAAGGCAGAGCCAAAGAAAAAGAUAACAAAGAAGAAUAGAGUUUGGGACGAUUCACCUCCUCAGGAAAAAUUGGAUUUCACAGAUGAUGUGGGUGAGAAUGGGGACAAUAUAGAGGUUGUUGCAGCAGAUCAUGGUGAAAGUAUGAUGGACAAGGAAGAGAUUUUUAGCAUUGAAAGCAAGGCUGAAGAAGAAGAAGGGGUGGUUUUCAACAAUGUUCCAGAGAAGGAGAUCAAUACAUUGCAAGUUGCAAGUUGGAAUCCCUGUCUGAAUGUCCGGCAUUCUAUGAGACCGCGCGAUAAUGAUGACGAUGAUUUAGAGAAUGAUAACCUCGAUGAGAAUCCAAAUGAUGAAGAUUUGGAACUUGGGGGUCCAUUUAGUUAA